ACGACAUCUCGACACCUGCCAGCCCAUACACUGACCCGUCGACUGCACUGCGCUUUCAAUUCCACUACUACAUCGAUAGCCGUAGCCGUCCCAACAACAAGCCGGCCCCGUACGACAUCACCACUCUCCGGCGCAAGCCGCACACCUUGCCUCACGAACGACCAACAUCUAUAAUCUCACGAUGCGCACAUUCUUCGCCCCGUUACUGCUUGCGCCGCUCGCAGCGCUCGCCGCACCCGAUGUCUACGGCGACUUCGAGGCCGCCGUUGCGCCAUUACCCACCCCCGUAUACGAGGCAAUGGAGACAUCUCCCGCAGACGGCAACCUCGAACUGCUCAAGCGACAAGGCAAUGCAUGCGCAACCUCCUACUUCAACUGCGCCGGUCUUGGCGCGCCAGGACUCUGCUGCCCACGAACAGCGGUCUGCUCAGCCGACCAGGCAGGCCAAGUAGCUUGCUGUCCCCAAGGCGUAGCAUGCACAGGAGCCAUUGGUGCAGUCCCAACCGGCGUGAACCCCUCGGCCUCCUCAACCGUCUCCUUCGUAAUCGCUUCCACAACCGGCGGCGGUCCGUUCGUGCAGGAAACAAAUGGCGCAAACCACGGAAGCACGGUACAGAACCAAUUCUACCCUUUCCCGUACAUACCGACGACUUACACCAACGCAGCUGCCUGCUCGUCCGCUUAUACAAGCUGUCAAAGCAAUGCUGCAAGUUGUACGACUGCUCUAGCCAAUGGCGCGGCCGGCGUCACCAUCUCGGCCCCCAACGGCGGCGGCGCAACGAUUACCGCGAUUCCUAGUGUGGGCCUCCAGUCUGCUCAAAGCAUUUGCUCCAGUCUUAGCAGUCUGGGUUGCUCGCAGCUCACCGUCGAGGCUUGUGCGGCUUUCGAUGGCCAAGGAAACGCGGCAAAAAGAGCGCGGUGUGCCGACUACCUGAUGACGGCUGGAGUGGCCGUGGGAAUCGCAGGACAGCUGCUGAGAUGAGGAAGAAAUAAUCCGGUUCUUCGUUUCCAUGUGGAUAAUACGGUGGUUUCUGAUGUUCAUGAGAGGAAAAUACGAAUGUGCUUUAGCACAGUCUUGCUUAUGUGGAUUUUGC